AUAAAAAACUAUAUAUAAACUGAACCUUAUUUUUUAUAGCAUUUAACAAAUAAUAAGUUUUAUUUACUUUCGUUAUAAUGUCAUCAAAAAAUUAUGGACAAAAAACGUGCGGAACGCCGCCAUAUGUUCAAAAAAUUCGUUUCGAGAAUAAAAUAAAAAAAAGAAACCCCCAAAAAAUUUGCUCCGAUUGUAAAGAAACGAGCGAUUCUAUCAAACUUUUUUCUAGUAAAGUAAAUAAAUUAGAAGAAAUUGUUGACAAUUUUUAUAUGAAUCCCAUAAAAAAAAAUAAGAAUAAACAAAUUUCUAUUUUUAAUGCAAAAUUUACUUUAAAUAAUAUCCCUUGCGAAUUAGAAUAUGAUUUAUCAAAAUUUUCUUUGGAAAAUUUACAUAAAUUGGUGAAUUUUACAACUCAAAAUUGCAAUAACAAUAAUAAAUAUUCAUCUUCUAUCGAAAAAAUCGAUCACAAACACAAAUUUUAUGCAUUAAGAUUUAUUAAGAAAUUAUGAAGUUGCUCAAAUUUAUGGCUUGUACAUUUAUGUUCCUUAUUAGGUUAGACGUUUGUAACAACCUUUAAUUCCUUUUUUAUUUAAAAAAUAAUUUAUUAUUAUAGUAUGAAUAAAAUGUGAUUUCUUG